AUGCCACUCAAAGGCAUCCUACACAGACACGGCAAGGCCGACGCCGACAAGAACAACGUCCAUCCACCAACAACACCCCAAGAAUUUACAUUCAUUCGAACAGACACUUACACCCAGGAAACCAUCACCCCAGCUGCCAUCAACACCUCCAUCACAAAUAUAGCUGCGGCUGGUCCAACAGAAGAAGCCCAAUCCCCAACGACACCCACAACCUCCCGCCGCAAAUCAUUCUUUCGGCGACGCUCACAUAUCUCCUCCACCGAGAAUUUAGCGUCUCCCCCUCGCUCAGGGUCUGAGAAGAGCAUCUCUAAUCUCCUGCAUCUAGAUCACCACAGCCGAAGCUCCCUUUCGCGCAGCGGUAGUACAAGCUCGGUAAACAUACCGGCUGAUCUACCUCAAAUUGACCCGAAUGCUGUAGCUGAUGAGCAGGAUCGAGAGGCACAGUGGGAGAAGCGUGCUACGAGGCUUGUACAGGGGAAUCCGCGGAUUGGUGGUGGAAGUGGUGUUUCGCCAGACCGAAUAUCGCGCAGUGCGAGUUCUACGGGGGCUGGUAGUGGUGCUGGGGCAGCUAAUUUCUCAUAUUUGCAGCCUAAUCAGGGGCAGCAGAGGCCGAGGAGUAGAAGUAAUUCGGGAGUUUCUGAGCCGCAAGCUGAUGUUAAUAUACAAGAAGCGAUUCUUCUUCAUGAGAAUGGAGAACUCGAAAAAUCCACCCAACUAUUCGGCAUCCUCGCCGACCCCAACGGCUCCAACAACGCCAUAGCCCAAGUCCUCUACGGCCUCGCGCUCCGUCAUGGCUGGGGCUGCACCCCCGACCUUCCCAAAGCCGUAAUCUAUCUCUCCGCCGCAGCCACCAACUCAGCCAACAUCGAAACCCUAGCCCUCGAAGCCGGGCUCAAAAAGGGCGGCGCCGCAAAGGGCGAGCUCGUACUCGCAAUCUACGAGCUUGCGAAUUGUUUCCGGAAUGGUUGGGGCAUCGACAAGGAUCCCAUUGCGGCGAGACUGUAUUAUGAGACUGCGGCUAAUUUGGGGGAUACGGAUGCUAUGAACGAGUGUGCGUGGUGUUAUUUGGAGGGGUUUGGGGGGAAGAAGGAUAAGUAUACGGCGGCGAAGUAUUAUCGUCUCGCUGAACAGAAUGGUAAUAAGACCCUGGGAAAUUCUUGGAUCUGGAAAGACAAAUACAACCCCAAAUAA